AUGAGCAAAACCAACGAAUUGCCAUCCACAUAUCUAUCUAUCUAUCUAUCGCAGUCUGUGUGUAUAUAUCGGUCUACAGGCCCCGGUUUAAUCUAUCUAUCUAUCUAUCUAUCUAUCUAUCUAUCUGCAAAGCUUGCUCGGCCAAUUCUUCACUCAAUAUUUUCUUCUUUUUUCUGUUUGUCUUUCUUUCUUUCUUUCUUUCUUUCUUUCUUUCUUUCUUUCUUUAAUAUUACCUUCUUUUUUCAUAUAUUUUCUGUCAAUUUCAUAUUUGUCAAUUCUUCAUUCAAUAGUUUCUUUCUUUCUUCUUUGACCUGCCUUGCUAUAUCUUUCUUUCUUUCUUCUCCGACUUGCUCUGCCACUUCUUUCUUUCUUUCUUUCUUUCUUUCUUUCUUUCUUUCUUUCUUUCUUUCUUUCUUCUCUGACUUGCUCUGCCACUUCUUUCUUUCUUUCUUUCUUUCUUUCUUUCUUUCUUCUCUGACUUGCUCUGCCACGUCUUUCUUUCUUUCUUUCUUUCUUUCUUUCUUUGACUUGCUCUGCCACGUUCUUUCUUUCUUUCUUUCUUUCUUUCUUUUUUCUUUCUUUCUUUGA